UGGCAGAGUGCGUGCGCGGCGGACAAACACAACAGCAGGUCGCGACGUCCCUGUCAAGUCCAGCACGAGCCGUGGUCCGCGAUCCGGAGCCGGCAGGAGCGCAUCCAGGCCCCGCGCAGCGCACCCGCCCCCCCCCCCCCCGCGCGCCCCCCGCCUCCUCUGACCGCCCGGAAACGCACUGUUUGGUUUCAGUGGGAGAGACGCGCGCGCGGGAGACGGACUGAAUCUGUGCUCGGAGCUUUCACUUUCUGAGAGUCUCACCUGAACAUGGCUUCCACGACCUGCACGCGCUUCACCGACGAGUACCAGCUGUACGAGGAGCUGGGCAAGGGGGCGUUCUCCGUGGUGCGGCGCUGCAUGAAGAUCUCCACUGGACAGGAGUACGCCGCCAAGAUCAUCAACACCAAGAAGCUGUCGGCCCGGGAUCACCAGAAGCUGGAGCGAGAGGCUCGGAUCUGCCGCCUGCUGAAGCAUCCCAACAUCGUUCGGCUCCAUGACAGCAUAUCAGAGGAAGGGUUCCACUACCUGGUCUUCGAUCUGGUGACCGGCGGCGAGCUGUUCGAGGACAUCGUUGCCAGGGAGUACUACAGCGAGGCCGACGCCAGUCAUUGCAUUCAGCAGAUCCUAGAGGCCGUCCUGCACUGCCACCAGAUGGGCGUGGUCCACCGCGACCUCAAGCCUGAGAACUUGCUCCUCGCCAGCAAGUUGAAGGGCGCCGCGGUGAAGCUGGCAGACUUUGGCCUGGCCAUCGAGGUGCAGGGAGACCAGCAGGCAUGGUUUGGCUUCGCCGGGACACCGGGGUACCUGUCUCCAGAGGUGCUGAGGAAAGACCCUUACGGGAAGCCGGUGGACAUGUGGGCCUGCGGUGUGAUCCUCUACAUCCUGCUGGUGGGCUACCCUCCGUUCUGGGACGAGGACCAGCACAGGCUCUACCAGCAGAUUAAAGCCGGAGCUUACGACUUCCCGUCUCCUGAGUGGGACACCGUGACGCCCGAGGCCAAAGACCUGAUCAACAAGAUGCUGACCAUCAACCCGGCCAAGAGGGUCACCGCCACCGACGCCCUCAAACACCCCUGGAUCUGCCAACGCUCCACCGUGGCGUCCAUGAUGCACAGGCAGGAGACCGUGGAGUGCCUCAAGAAGUUCAACGCCAGGAGGAAACUGAAGGGCGCCAUCCUGACGACGAUGCUCGCCACCCGUAACUUCUCAGCAGCCAAGAGCCUGCUGAACAAAAAGCCGGACGGAGUCAAGGAGCCUCAAACCACCGUUAUCCACAACCCGACCGAUGGAAACAAGGAGUCCAGCGAGAGCGCCAACACCACCAUCGAAGACGAGGACGUGAGAGCCCGGAAGCAGGAGAUCAUCAAGGUGACGGAGCAGCUGAUUGAAGCCAUCAAUAACGGCGACUUCGAGGCAUACACGAAGAUCUGCGACCCUGGACUCACGUCCUUCGAGCCCGAGGCUUUGGGGAACUUGGUGGAGGGAACCGACUUCCACCGCUUCUACUUCGAGAACGCCCUGUCCAAGGGGAAGCAGCCCAUCCACACCAUCCUGCUCAACCCCCACGUGCACCUGAUCGGCGAGGAGGCGGCGUGCAUCGCCUACAUCCGCCUGACGCAGUACAUCGACGGCGCCGGCCUGCCGCGCACCAUGCAGUCCGAGGAGACGCGCAUCUGGCACCGCCGCGACGGCAAAUGGCAGAACAUCCACUUCCACCGCUCCGGGUCGCCCACCGUGCCCACCAACUGAGACGCCGUCCUCACAUUACGAACGUCCUCCGGCCUACAGCGAGUCAGCUGACCAUGCCCCGCCCCCCACACGUCACCAUCAGAGCCCCUCCCCCCAAAUU